AUGUAUUUCUUUUGUUCAGACAUCAACGAAUGUGUUCGUGGGCUAGACAAAUGCAGCUCUGAUGCAUUUUGCAACAAUACCAAAGGGUCUUACAACUGUACAUGUAAACCUGGAUUCACUGGAAAUGGACGCGAAUGUAAAGGUAAACGUUGAGGUCGAAAUGUAGAGGAAAAUCAGCUGGUGAAAGUCUAAGUAAGAAUUUUGAUACACUGGCGAUAGCACUGCUCUUCUACUGAGCCUUGCAACCCUUAUGAGUUUCUAAGCCCCUCUUCCGUGUAGUGUUUUAAACGUUUGCAAUGGGAAAAUUACUGAUUUCGUUUUUCGCACGAAAUCACGAUUCAUAAAACUUGUCUGUGUCUGCGUGAUCUCCCUCGUUCUUUGGUUUCAGAAGACAAGUCAGAUCUCGGUUUUGGUAAUUCAAGAUAUCAUAGUCAACCUCGUCCAGUAAUUGCUUAUUAGCUUAAAACUUUUCUUCGUCUCCUUUUUUUUAUUUAUUUUUUUUCAAUUGGUAAGUCCCUUUGAAACACAUCCAUCGAUGAUUCUUGAUCGUUUAUAUGUUCUCUUCGAGUAAAAUCACAAAUUAUGAAGUAGCAUCUGUUGCAGCUUAUACUGUAAAUCUAAUCAUCCGGAGUUUAAACUUAAUACCCAAUCAUAGUUUAUAGAUAUUUUUGGAAAUAAUUGAUUAUUUUUCAAACACGACUAGUAAUAAACUUGGUAAGCGUUCAGUAACGUAGAAACUUUAAAAACUGGAUGAAAACAUUUAUUGCUUUAUUAAGAUAAUAACAACUGAUCCUCUCCCGACGCUGUUUCUUAUCAAUGAUCUAUUUAAAGAAAACAUACAUGCUGCCAAAUGAAGUGAAUGAAAACUGACUCUUUCCAGUCAAAAGGCAGAGCUUGGAACAUGAUGAAAUUCUUCUGUCAUUCAGUCAGAUCGCAGUCAAUCUAGUUUCCCAAUGAUGGAUUGAGAUGUAGCUAAAAAAAAAAGUUUACAAUUUCUUCUAAUCAAAGAUAUUUUUAAACUUCUUGCAGGAGCUUCCUCGUGUAAAGAAAUUCAUGACAUGCAAGUAGAACUGAUUUUCGAUAUUAUUUUCAUAGUACAUCAAAUAUCGCGCUUUCCCGCAUAUAGUUUAGGCCCACCACGGCACCGAAUAUACCCCAAUUUUCAAACCACAUUCCAUAUGCGGAGAAAGUCCUCCUUUAAACCUUUAUUCAUUUCAGUGGAAUGCAUUACUGUCCUCAGAGAAGAAGUGAAAAAAUAUCUUUUGAACUCGGACACCUGUUUGAUUCAAGAACAAAUAACCGAGCAUUGUUUAUAUUCCGCAGAUAUUGACGUCUGAAGAUCAACUUUCCAUUUGCUUAUUAGUUGAAUUAUUAUUAUUAUUAUUAUUGUCAAUCAGUAUCUUUCCCAUUAUCAGUUUCAUUGCCACCGUUGUAGCUAUGAUAAUUAUUUUCAUAAGCUCAAGGUUUUAUUUCACCAUCAUUGUUUUCAUUACUAGUUGUAUUUCUUUUUUUUUUAUUCAAAAGAUCCAAUGUGAGUGGUGCGGUUACCCUUCUUGUUGACUCCCAACCAUUGUCCGUUUUCUGUCACAUGGGAAAUUUUGGGUGUGGAGAUGGUGGAUGGACGCCAGUCAUGAAGAUUGACGGCAGAGAGGUGCAUACUUUUAUUGAAUAAUUCAUUUCCUGUAUAAACCCGCUCUCUUUCAAAACGUUGCAAGUUAAAAACUUGCGUUUUACAUAUGUAUGCCUUCAGUCGUCUUUCAUUGAGAAGGAAAUGCAUGAAGAACAGACCUCGUUCAACGUAAAUUUGAAGACUUGUGUUGUGUAGUGACUGUUGAAAAAGGAUGAAAAAGAAUGUAUAAAUAUAUCCUAACAUAUUUGUCUCUAAUAGCAUGUAACGGCUAUUUAAGAAAUACACACCAUUAAGAUCAUAAUGCGGUUAAAAGCUGUCCGGAACAAACAACAUAUUUUAUCUCAGUUAAAGUUCCACACUGGUUAAUGGGUAUGUAGACAUAACCCUGAUUUAAAGAGCUGUCACUGCUCAUUCCCCGAGCAGCGGGAGGGAGGAUAGGUAGAGGAGGAUUCCUGGAGGACUAUAUAACAUUUGGGGCCAAUUAACUUGCCAAUGAGGAGAAAUCGUUGGUCAUAGGAAUAUUACUGACAGUCUUAUGGGGAGAUCAGGUUACUUUUAUGGUGACAUAACCAAAAUCCAAUUUGUUUUUGUUAUAUAUGAAAAGAGAUUGGAAUUUCUUUAUAUAAUAGCAUCGUGUAUCAUCCUUUAUUCACUUCACAAAUGAUUGUCAUUUCAAUGUCUCUUGAUUGGCGUCCAAAUGAAAACACAGAAAAACUCCUUAUAACUAGAAAGAUAUGUUAUGCACUGAUUUACGGCGCGGGGUCCGUGUUGGAAAAAAAAUGACCUUAGUCUUCACGACACGAUGGCGUAAUUACCAAGGUCAAUUUAACGGUAAAACAAAUGAGUAAUGGAUCAAUAAAUGCAGAUAUACGACAGGACUUUGACAGAAAAUAUCCAUCAAUUCGGAUUAAAUAAAAAAAAAAUGUAUUGCUCCUAUAUUUCAGACCACCUUCCAUUAUGAUGAGCAUUACUGGAUAAAUGAUCAAGGAUACAAUCUUCCCGGAGGAGAGACUGGGUUCGACGGACAAGAGUCAAAGCUACCCACCUACUGGAACACAUCCUUCUCCAAGAUCUGUCUCGGUAUGAAGAUCAACCAACAGCUCAGGUUCAUUGUCAUCCACAAGCAGGCUGACUCUCUGCACUCACUGAUCGCUGAUGGCCAAUACCGCGCCACCUCACUUGGUCGUGACAAGUGGAAAGAAUUGAUUGGUUUCCAAGGCUCGUUACAGGCCAACUGCAACAAAGAAGGGUUUAAUGCCGUUUGUAGUUGGAGAAGAUAUUCUAAAGCCAGAAUUGGUAUUGUUAGCGAAAACAAGAAUGAGUGUGGCUCGUGCGACUCAAGGAUCGGAUUUGGCACAAAAGGGCAACCUGACGAUUUAAAUACGUGUGGUAACGAGGCCGUUAAUAAUCCAGAUAAUGGAAACAAACACCUCAAAGCCAUGGGAUACAUCCUGGUACAAUAA